GCCAAGAAAAGCGCCCGGAAGGGGCCCGGGGCCCGUACAAUAUUAAAGGAAGCAGUCUUCCCCCGGGUCGACGGACAAGCUUCUUCUCGCCUACUUCCCCUCUCUCUGCCUCGUAUCUGUUUCCCCCCAUCUUUCUUUUGUCCAUGUCCCUCUGGGUGCACAAAUAAGAGUAGCCAUCACAGUUCCCUCUUUUCCGUCUUAGAUAUUAUUCCAGCUUGGCUCGUCCCACCGUCAGUAACGAUGGCCGACAUUAACGUGGAAGAGGUGCUCAAGAAACUGUCGAUGAGCGAAAAGGUCGACCUCCUCGCGGGCAUUGACUUCUGGCACACAAAGGGCCUCCCCCAGCACGGUAUUCCUUCGCUACGCCUCACCGACGGGCCCAAUGGCGUUCGCGGCACUCGAUUCUUCCAAGGCGUCAAGGCGGCUUGCUUCCCGUGUGGAACGGCGUUGGGUGCUACUUUCAACCAGGAGCUUCUCGAGGAGGCGGGAAGAAAAAUGGGAGAGGAGGCCAAGGUCAAGGGAGCUCACGCGAUCUUGGGCCCUACCAUAAAUAUGCAGAGAAGUCCUCUUGGCGGCCGGGGGUUCGAAUCGCUCGGCGAAGAUCCGUUCCUGGCUGGACUGGGCGCUGCCGCACUGGUGAGAGGCAUCCAGUCGACUGGUGUCCAAGCUACUAUCAAGCAUUUCGUCUGCAACGAUCACGAACACAAGCGCAACGCCGUCCAAGCCAUCAUCACCGAGCGGGCGUUGCGCGAGAUAUACGCUCUGCCGUUUCAGCUGGCAGUGCGCGAUUCUAACCCCGGAUCAUUCAUGACAGCUUACAACGGCGUCAACGGCACGUACUGCAGCGAGAACCCCAAGCUCCUCGAUGAGAUAUUGCGAGGGGAAUGGGCCUGGAAUGGACUCGUCAUGAGCGAUUGGUAUGGCACCUACAGCACUAAAGAGGCUGCCCUAGCCGGUCUCGACCUUGAAAUGCCUGGCCCGCCACGGUAUAGGGGUGAGGCGCUCAAGUUCCACGUCGCGACCGACAAGGUUCGCACGCACAUCUUGGACCAGCGGGUCAGGGCGGUGUUAGAAUUUGUGAAGAAAUGCGCUGCCAGCGGUGUAAAAGAAAAUGCCCCCGAGGGCACGGCGGAUACCCCCGAGACAGCCGAGCUUCUCCGACGGUUAGGCAACGAGGGAAUCGUGCUGCUCAAGAACGAGAAGAGCGUCCUGCCCCUCAAGAAGGACAAGAAGACCGUCGUCAUCGGACCGAACGCCAAGGUUGCCACCUACCACGGUGGAGGAUCUGCCUCCUUGGCGGCCUACUAUGCCAUAACUCCCUUCGACGGUGUCAGUAGCAAGUUAUCCUCCCCACCAAGUUAUACGAUCGGCCAAUAUUCGCACAAGAUGCUCCCCCUCCUCGGCUAUUCGACGACGUCGGCCAAAGGAGUGCCGGGAAUGACCAUGAAAGUCUACACCGAGGGCCCCGAGGUCUCAAACAGGCAGAAGGUCGACGAGAUAGAGGUUUUCAAGACGGAAAUGAUGUUGGUUGAUUAUGAGAACCCUCACCUGAAAAGUCCCCUGUGGUAUGCGACACUCGAAGGUUCGCUGGUCGCCGACGAGGACGUAAAGUGGGAAUUCGGCCUCACCGUGUCCGGGACAGCCAAUUUCUAUAUAAAUGAUGAACUCAUCAUCGACAAUUCCACCAAACAGAGAAAUGGCGAUGCAUUUUUUGGUAGCGCCACAGCCGAAGAAAAGGGCUUCUAUCAGCUGAAGAAAGGGCAGACAUACAACUUUUUAGUCACUUUCGGAUCGAGCCCGACAUCGAAGCUCGGGGGCGACGCCGUGGUGCUCCACGGCGGUGCGCUGAGGAUAGGCGGAUGCAAGGUCAUCAACCCCAAGGCAGAAAUCGCCCGCGCGGUCGAGCUGGCUCGAGACGCCGAUCAGGUAAUCCUGUGCGCCGGUCUUAACGCCGAAUGGGAAACCGAAGGAAACGACCGCACUGAUAUGAAGCUUCCUCCUGGAUUAGACGACCUGAUCGCCGCCGUCGCUAAGGCGAACCCUGCCACGGCGGUAGUGAUUCAGUCGGGUACUCCGGUAGAAAUGCCCUGGAUCCAUGACGUGAAUGCGGUCGUCCAGGCCUGGUACGGCGGCAACGAGACGGGAAAUACGAUCGCGGAUAUCCUCUUCGGCGACGUGAAUCCCUCGGGAAAACUCAGCCUGAGUUUCCCGGUCCGCGUCCAGGACAACCCGGCAUACCUCAACUACCACACCGAGGGCGGCCGCGUUCUAUACGGAGAGGAUGUCUACAUCGGCUACCGCUACUACGAAUAUGCCGACCGCAACGUCCUGUUCCCGUUCGGACACGGCUUGAGCUACACGACCUUCGCCUUCUCGGACCUCUCCGUCGCCGACCAAGACGGAGAGCUGACAGUGUCGGUGGCAGUUACAAAUACGGGCAGCGUGAAAGGCGCCGAGGUGGCACAGGUUUACGUGGCGCCCAAGAAGAAGGCCGAGGUCAACCGGCCGGUCAAGGAGCUCAAGGGGUUCGCUAAGGUGGAGCUAGCGCCGGGCGAGGCCAAGACGGUGACCAUCAAGGUAGCGACCAAGUACGCAGCCAGCUACUGGGACGAGACGCGCGACCAGUGGCGUGCGGAGGCGGGCGAGUACGGGGUUAUCGUCAGCAACAGCAGCGACCCGAAGGCGGGCAAGGCCCUCGUGGGGUUGUUCACGGUGCCGGAGACAUAUUGGUGGUCUGGGCUGUAGGUAGGUAAUGAAUGUAGGUAUAGUUAGGUACGAGUUACGUGUCUGCCGCGUGUAUCAUGAGGCAGAGAAUACAGGAGGUAGUUUGUUUGCGGAAAGGGGGAAGAGCAACGAGUAUGAAGAGGCGAGGUUUAGAAUAGAAUCCUCCAUUCUUAUCAAGGCCGUAUCUAAGAUGCUUACCGCAUUCAGGGGCUCAGGGGCAUGCCAAAGAUGCGCUCCGCUCUUCUAUCGAUACCCCUUUCUCUAACCCCACCAUCUUUACGGUGCGGGGAAUGAACUCAAUAGUGCGAUACAUAGGUAUAAACACAUACAUGGCUUAAGU